UGUUAACUGGUGCCGUGGGCUUGCCGGGUGACUCCGUCCGGCUGCAGCGAAGUAACGGAUCUCGCCCCGUUUCAGCGGUCCCACGUAUUUCGCCCAAUGGAUAUCUGCCACGUAAACCAGUCCAUCAAUCUCUAGGUUCAGACAAGCCGCGUUCGACUUCCCCGAGCCCCCAGCGAGAAACGCCAUCCUUCCGACUCCGGUCUCUCAAACACGAGAGCGGCGGCCGCGGCGAGGGAGAGGAGGAGGAGGACGUGGAGAUGGGGAUGCAUUCCUUCGGCAACCGCGCAAAUGCUUUCGUGACGUUUGCCGUCACGAUCCUGGCGGUGAUGUGUUCUCUCGCCUCCCUCUCGGACAACUUCAACGUCCACACCCCCACCGCUGACGUCAAGGUGUUCAACAUAAACUGGUUCCAGAAGCAACCAAAUGGAAAUGACGAGGUCAGCUUGACAUUGAACAUCUCGGCCGAUCUUUCAUCAAUGUUCACUUGGAAUACUAAACAGGUAUUUGUUUUUGUAGCAGCUGAGUAUGAGACCCCUCAAAAUGCCUUGAAUCAGGUUUCGCUUUGGGAUGGAAUAAUACCAUCAAAAGAACAUGCUAAAUUUUGGAUUCACACCACAAACAAGUACCGUUUUAUCGACCAGGGAAGCAAUCUCAGGGGCAAGGAUUUCAACUUGACGCUGCACUGGCAUAUCAUGCCCCAGACUGGAAAGAUGUUUGCUGAUAAAAUAGUCAUGACCGGGUAUCGCCUCCCUGAGGAGUACAGAUAGAUGGAUAUGUGAUUAAUUUUAAAAGGGAUAGGCACAGUGGUACAUCACUAUGAUCGAAUUGACCAGACAUUGAAGUUUGAAGGACAGACCUUUUGUACUUUAGAUCUGGUUUCAGUCUAUUGAAUCAUCCUUUUGUAGUCACUCAUAAAUUAAAAGGUGGGCAGAAAAUAUUUUUGGGUAAAACUAGGCGCGCUUUUUUUUUUGGUAAUAAGGCGUGCUUCUUUCUUUUGUCUUUUUUAAACUUUAUCUAAUCACAAUGAUGCGGAGGAAUUGAAUAAA